AACUGCUAUUAAAGAAUGUGAUUUAAUAACCAUACUUCAUUCACAAAACGCAAAGAAUUUCCAAAUAUUAGAUAUUGGAUCUUCUCAGAUAACUCCAUUAAUUUUAACAGCAAUAAAAGAGAAUUGCUCAUCAUUACGAAAUCUUGGAAUUUCGAAAGCACAAAUCACAAACUUAGAUCUUAUUAAAGAUCUUUUAACAUCCUUGCCAAAACUACAAUACAUUGAUCUCACGUCAAUCCCAUGUUUUAACCUUUUAAAUACAAAUAAUCUUUUUACUACCAUAAAAAAGAGCAAUCAUCCCAUUCACACAAUCGAGAUGAGUGAAUCAUUACUUAAAAAACUUUACGCUGUUGAUGAUUGGAAAAUUGAUAUAAAUAAUGGUAGAAGAUGGUAUUAUUCUCGUGAAAUUCAGAGAAGAGUGAUCAGACCUGAUAGAGUACAUAAUAGAAAAUUAGACAUAACUGGAUAUGGUGUGGAAU